AUGUUCAAGGGGUUCACGCCGUCGGAUGUCUCCGGACAGAAUCAGGUGAAGAGCUCCGUCCAGCGCGGGAUCAAGACGAAGAUCCAGGAGACCUACCCGCGCCUCGAACCUGUCUUUAAGGAGAUUUGGCCGAAGGAUGCCAACAUGGUCAUCGCAAAGUGUAAGGAUCACAUCUCCCUCGUUGUCAUCGAGAAGGUGCCCCUCUUUUGGAGCGAGCGAGAUGGACCUUGGCUGCCCACUCUGCGGCUGCUGCACAAAUAUCCGUCGAUGAUGCCCAAAAUGCAGGUGGACAAGGGU